GCCGGGGUCCGUCCCGGAGGGGGUCGAUCUUCCGAGGAUGGCCCCAACGGAAUAACCUAGCGUGGGGAUAGAACCAAGGGUUCUGAAGCUCAGAGUCCGAAGCGCGAUGGAGCAUCCGACGGCAGGGCCGGCACAAGCACAAGCACUCUUGAGGCCGCGAUCAACAUGUUGGCCUCACUUGUUACUCGCCACCCUUGAGAAACAUCGGGAAGCUAGAAGCACACUCCUUGCCGAUCGUCGAAUUCAGUUCCAAGGCGGAUCGUCCGAGCUGCUGGGACAGAGCACGACUAAAGCCUUCCAUGGGAUAGGGCAUGGGCAUUGUUUAUGUUGAAUCCUUGAUCUCUUUGUAGUAGGCUUCUGGGCCAGUGUUGAUGAUGUCAAAUCUAAAAAGGGGGAUUUGAGUUGAAUGUGUCUGGUAGGUGAACUCAUUGUGACCAUCACAGCAGAAGCAAUGAUGUUCUAAGGAAAUCAUCAUCCGAUAUUCUGCAACUCUUUGACAUGGAGCUGCUGUGCUUUGGCUUUGGCCCCGGGAGCCCUACAAUACUUCAGCUGAACGUUGUUUCCUCAGUUUCGUAUCGGGCCAGGACAAUGGCUGUUGGUGAGAUGCCGUAAGCCA